UCUUUUUGCAAAUUGCUAGAGUUUGACACCCCAUUCGUCAAACGCUCACAGCUGACCCACCGGCAAAAGCACUGGAGGAGAAGUAACGUAGGACGGAGUAGUAGGAUGCUCUCACAAAAUUGGAGGUCUCGUGCCAGUCAUCUAGCGCUGGUUGACAUGGGCGGGUGAUGAGCCUUGACCGACGAGUUACUACCGGGAUUACUAUGACGGAAUUCCUUUCUGUGAAGACUAAUUGCAUAAAACAUCUUAAGUGUUCUUUUAAGGAAUAACUUCCUCAUACCUAAGGGUGUUGCAUAGAGCGCCUCAAACAUUUCCUUAAGUAAGGACAUAAUUUAAGGGUUUUACGGUAGUUUGAAGGCAGGUACGGCAAGAAAGACUCCGGUUACCAUGGAGACGACUUGAAACACUUACUGAAGGACGGCUACAGGAGCUCAGAGAGACAUGGAGUUCAGGGAUCUAACGGCCAGGGCCGGACUCUGGUAUGAAAACUUCAUGAAGAAUGCAGACCCCAGGACAGAGGACUGGUUUCUCAUGUCAUCGCCGCUCCCCCAAACCAUAAUAAUCGUGGCGUACAUCUACUUUGUCACCCGGCUGGGGCCCAGACUCAUGGAGAACCGCAAGGCUUUCCAACUCAAAGAAAUUCUCAUUUUCUACAACUUCAGCGUGGUUGCCUUGUCCCUCUACAUGUGCUAUGAGUAUGUGAUGUCGGGCUGGGGGACAGGCUACACGUUCCACUGCGACCUAGUGGACUACUCGGACUCGCCGCAGGCAUUGAGGGUAAGAGCGGUAGACUGUGACUGCAACCUGCUCUACAGUACAGGAAGACAUCUUCAAACUACUAGUUCUGAUGGCUGGGACAUGUUGGCUCUACUACUUCUCAAAGUUCAUAGAGAUGUUGGACACAAUCUUCUUUGUUCUGAGGAAGAAGAACAGUCAGGUUACGUUCCUCCAUGUCUAUCAUCACUCUAUCAUGCCCUUUACCUGGUGGUUUGGGGUCCGGUUCGCUCCAGGUGGCCAGGGGACAUUCCAUGCCCUGUUGAACUGUGUGGUCCAUGUCAUCAUGUACUCCUACUACGGCUUGUCUGCCCUGGGCCCCGCCUACCAGAAGUACCUCUGGUGGAAGAAGUACCUCACCACCAUUCAGCUGAUCCAGUUUGUGAUUGUUACCACCCACAUCUGGCAGUACUUCUUCAUGAAGGACUGUCCCUACCAGUUCCCCAUCUUCAUCUACAUCAUUGGCCUCUAUGGCCUGGUCUUCCUCCUCCUCUUCCUCAACUUCUGGUACCACGCCUACACCAAGGGCAAGAGGCUUCCCAAGGUACUUCAGGCCAAAACCUGGGCCCACCCCUACAACAAAACCAACGGCGAAAUAACCAACGGGAAUGGUUUCCACUGUGACAAGGAUAAGUGACAGGAGAUCAGUCAAUCAGGAUCAAGGGUUGAUCUCAUUUGAAUAUGAGCCUAUUCAUGAACUGAAAUUAGACAUGGAAUUUAGAAUUUAGAGUACUGGGGUGUAUUCACUAGGAACCAAACGGAUAGGUACCUACGUGAAUUUGUCUAAUAGAAACGGUAUUUUUCCAUUUGGCGUAAACGGUUUCCAUUGCAACAUUUUUUUGGACUAAUGAUUUCAUCCCAGGUUAGGUAUGCAGGAGAUUUGUUUUCCAAUAUAAAAGUCAGUGCACUAUUGAACUCAAAGAGAAUUGACCCCUCACCUCUGGACCUUCUGAUAUUUUCUUCUGAUAUUUUCUCUCUGCUACAGCAAUCUCUCAGAGUUAUGAACCAAAGCUCUACUGGACUUUUUGUAUUAGAUAUUUUACAUUUUUAUACCUGUGCUUUUCUUUCCUGUUCAGGGUGAAAGCACAAGUUGAGUGUUAUUUUAAAUUUUUAUAAACCGAUUGUUGAUGUUAGACGUGCGUUAGGUUAGCCAAUGUUGGGGCAGUUCAGUAGCUUUGUCCCACCAGCCCAAAUUACCUUUGCCGUUUAGAGUUGGUGCUGAACCUCUCUAGCUUAGGCUGUAGAAGUCAGCUUUAUAAUGUGACCUUGAUUUCAGCUGGUUUCUAUAUUUCAAUACCUGUACUUUAAAAAAUAAUUGUAAUACAUUUUCUAUGCAUUUAAUUGUAAACAAUUUGUAUAUUCUGCUAGCAGGAUUUUCUCUGUCUUGAGUAUGUGAGCCAUCCUCCAUAGUUGAGGCCUGAUGUAUUUCCUGGGUCUGGUCACAUGGCUGGGAAAAACUCUGGGCCCUACCCAUAGUAUACCUGUAAUGGUGGAAGGAUACAGGAUAACCAUUUUGCCAGUAAGAACUGAUGUUUACAUGUAUACUGAGUGGAGGUUAUCGGUGUUGACCCCCCCCCCCCACACACACACACACCUUUUCAUCAAUUCUGCACCCAUUUCUCUCUGGUUUGAGUCACAGCCUCUACUGGUGCUGAGAAACUUUGGAAGCCAACCUGCUCCUACUGUUAAAGAGCUGUAGGCCUACUUGAAUCUCAUUGAAAUCUGUCUGUAUUAUGUCCAACAGAAGUGACGGUGUGACAUUUGAAACCAGAGAGAAAAGUGUAGCACUGUCCUUGCAGGAACCGGAGCAGAGUGCACCUUUCGCUUUCGCUCUGUCGCAAGCAAAGAACGCCACAUUUAAAAAAAUAUAUAUAAAAAAACUGUAGCCAUUGUUUACCACUGCAUGCAUAUUUGUUUUGUAUCCACUCUUCCAAAUUGAGUUCAGUCCUUAUGCCAUGCGUAUGACAGUCAGUAUGCUUUCUCACUGGGUGUGUUCACAUUUGGUUUUCGCCUCCGAGCUCUGCUCAACUGGUGAUUGAGGACACAGCAUUAGCUAGGUGUAGGAUGGGCCUCCACAGGUGAAGUAAAACCCCAGUGCCUGGGGUGUAGGCUGAGUCCAAUAAGCAACAGCGAUCUAGCUGAUUUUAAAUGUAUUUGCUGAUGUUAGCUCUAGUGUGAGUGUGUUAUUCACCAUGGGGUACUGUUCAGUGCCUUUGUCUAAGCCCCUCCAGCCAUGAUGCCGCUAAUUCUGUAUAAAAACAGUCGUGUAAAGUAAUUUUUGUAUUUAUAUAAAAAUAAAUGCUGUUUUAUACAUCA